AUGACGUCUCGUCGAUCUUAUUGCACUUUGGACUUUCUCUUACUCUUUAUAGCGAGCGGUUUAAACUUUGGACCACACAAUGAUUAAUACUGGAAAAUUGGCAGGACGCACUUUGUUCAUCACUGGCGCAUCCAGGGGCAUUGGCAAGGCAAUUGCAUUAAAGGCAGCUCGCGAUGGUGCCAAUAUUGUGGUAGCUGCUAAGACAGCAGAGCCGCAUCCCAAGUUGCCAGGCACAAUUUAUACAGCCGCCGAUGAGAUCGAAAAGGCUGGCGGACGAGCGCAUCCCUGUAUUGUAGAUGUGCGCGAUGAGCAACAGGUGCGCACCGCCAUCCAGGAAGCGGUGGCCAAAUUCGGUGGCAUCGAUAUCGUCGUGAACAAUGCCAGUGCCAUUUCAUUGACCAACACACCUGACACGGAUAUGAAACGCUAUGAUCUGAUGCACAGCAUAAACACGCGUGGCACAUUCCUAGUUUCUAAAGAGUGUCUGCCCUACCUACAGAAGAGCAAUCAUGCUCAUAUCUUAAACAUCUCGCCACCGCUUAGCAUGAAGGCAAAAUGGUUUGGGCCGCAUGUCGCCUACACAAUGGCCAAGUACGGCAUGUCCAUGUGUGUGUUGGGCAUGGCGGCAGAGUUUCAAGAUCGCGGCAUAGCCGUAAAUGCACUUUGGCCUCGUACGGCCAUCCACACGGCUGCCAUCGAGAUGCUAACUGGUCCCGAUAGCGCCAGUUGGUCCCGCAAGCCAGACAUUAUGGCUGAUGCGGCAUAUGCUAUACUGUGCCGGGAACCCAAACAGUUCAGCGGCGAGUUCUUCAUUGACGAUGAGGUGCUCGAAUCUGUAGGUAUCAAGGAUUUAACGGACUAUGCAUGUGUUCGUGAAAAUGCCGAUAGCCUGAUGGUCGACUUUUUCGUGGAGGCUAAGGAUGCGUCCCCAGCUUCAGCUACUACUUCUGAAUCUGGCACUGGCGAUGAUAAAAUACCACAACUUUUUAAGAAAAUUGAAUCUCUGCUAUCUGCUGAGAUCGUCAGCAAGACGCAGGCCGUCUACCAGUUCAAUAUCAGUGGCGAUAAGCAGGGCACCUGGUUUCUGGACCUGAAAAACGGUUCGGGUGCCUGUGGCACUGGCGCCCCGCCAGCUGCUCCAGACGCAACACUAUCCAUGAACUCGAGUAACUUCUUUGACAUGUUCUCGGGCAAAUUGAAAGCGGCACCAGCCUACAUGUCCGGAAAGCUAAAAAUUAGCGGCGAUUUUCAGAAGGCUCUCAAAUUAGAGAAACUGAUGAAGGCGCUCAAGUCCAAGUUAUAGAUCAUAAGCUUCAAUUUAUAAAUAAAGACUUCAACACAUUUACAACUAGUCCUCGU